GCUGAAGCAAGAGUGGCCCACCGCCGGCUGUAUGCUUCAACUCGAUGGGUGGACUGAUAGGCAGUCAAGAUCACACUUGAAUGUCAUGGUUUCGUUCCCGAAAGGUGCCAUCUUCUGACGCAGUGUGUGCAUGCAGCGGCGUUAUAAAUGCGCAGCAGCGUACUUCGCAAUUCUAUCGAGGGCUAUCCGCGAGGUGGGGGAGGACGCAGUGGUAGGGGUUGUUAUGGACAAUGCGGCUGUGUGCGCAGCUGCUGGCCGGAUGGUAGAGUCAGAGUUCGGACAUAUUUUUUCCGUGCCAUGCACAACGCACAACAUUGAUUUAAUGUUCGAGGCGUUCGGCAAGAUCGGCUGGGUGGAUGUGCUGCUUAAGAGAGCGGUAGAAGUCACAAAGUUCUUCAUGAACCACUCGAAAGUGCGUGACUUGYUGCUGGUGUACUCCGGAGGAGAUGGUCUUGCGAGGCCGGGUGCAACCCGGUUUGCUACAAACUUCAUCAUGUUGGAGAGUCUCCAAAAAUUGUACCUACCGCUACGGUCGUGCAYCACGGAUGACGAUUGGAAGGAGGCCAUUGUCCUCCCCUCACAGCGCCSGUUGUUUCACACUGCGACGAACGAGGUGCUCGAUAACGGGUUUUGGGCUGGUGUGCAAAAGGUGAAGGAGACAUCCAACGAUUUGCUGCCCCUGUUGAAGUUUACARAUGGUGCAGGACCUAGGAUCAACAAAGUGUAUGGUCGGAUGGACGAGGCAGUGGAGAAUUUGAGGAAGAAUGAAUUCCUCUCGGAGAUGGAGAAAGACGAACUGGAGGAAAUCAUUAUGCRCAGGUGGAACACGAUGACAUCUCCACUUCAUUGUGCGGCAAUGUUUCUGGACCCGGAGUUCCGAACCGCGAGAUUUGACAAGGAUACGGAGGUGAUGGAUGGAUUCUGGACGUGGUUGUACUCAUGGGCGAAGCCAGAGUCAUACAAGGUGUUGGACGAGGAGGUGAACAAUUGGAUUGAGGGAACAGGGAAGUUUAACUCCAAGGAGGCGGUUGCAAGUGCACGUGGUGCCCAGCCUGCGAGGUGGUGGAGGAGAUGGUGCGCCGAAUUACCCAUCCUGCAGCGGCAAGCAAUUCGUUUGUUGGGACAAGGGACCUCUACAUCCAGUUGUGAGAGGAACUGGAGUCUCUUCGAGAGGAACUGGAGUCUCUUCGAGAGGAUACACUCCAGACCGCGCAACAAGUUGGGUGCUGGCCAGCUAAGCAAGCUCGUGUACAGUAGAUGGAACCAGUUCCUCUUGGACAGCUUGGAGGGCAAGUCCAACGGAGUUGACGACGAGCUUGCAUGGGGGGAGGAGAGAAAGCUCACAAGAAAAGAAUUGUGCAAAGAGGCGAAGGCCCGAGUGGAGGAGUGGAGAGCCAGGUUGCAUCGCGACUUGGAGGAGGAGGAGGAGYCAGAUGAUGAUGACACCGACGACGACAGUGAUCCGGACUGUGGGAGCGAUGAUGGCAAUGAUGCUGAUGAUGAAGGGCGGCACCAUGGACACAUGUCACAGCAGCGAGCUUCGUCGAACUUGUUGAGCUUGAAAGGGCCAUCAAUGUGGAGCAGCAGUCUUGGAGGAAGUGCACACGACCCUCCAAGUAUCUAGCUCGCCUUCAUCUGGCGGAGUCUCAGCGUGGUGCGAAGAACAUCACAGCCGAAAAUGCUGAGAAGUACACGAGCGCCCGGGCCCGUGCAUAUGCUCCACUUGCAAAGCCUCCAAGCAAGAGAGGGCCAGGGCGACCGCGAAAGGGGCAGCGGGCAAACAACACACCGGGAGAUGAGGAGGAGGGGGUUGAAGUUGCAGAAUCUGUAGAUCCUGCAGAAGCAUCCAAGCGUGCAUCCGCAUCCACGCAUGCGAGUGAUGCGGAUGCAGAGGAGAAGGAGAAAAGUGCAGAUUCGUCCACUGACUGUGAUUCGGAAUCAGAGCCACUGGCCAAAAGGUCAAAAGGCACAGGCCAAAAGGCGUA